ACACCUGUGAUGGUGGCCAGCAGCAUCUUUCCUGCUACCUGUUGGGCUGCUCCCACCCCCAGGAAGAAGGGUAUAAAAUGCGUCCUGCGGGCCGCCUCAGCACCAGCUCCUCCAGACCUCCUGAGGUUAGACAAGUUUACGUGAACUCUGUACGCGAGCCAGAACAUAAGUCACCAUGAGCGCCACUCGCUAUUCGUUUUCCAGCUCCUCCGUCUCCGCUGCGCCCGUGCUGUCAAAAUCCAGGCGGACUCCGAGCGUCCAUGGCUGUGCAGGUGGUAAAACAGUCUUGAUGUCCUACGCCUCCAACGGCAUCGGCGCAGGCUAUGACUUCGGAGGGGGUUACGGAGGUGCGGGGAUCAAUUUCGGCGUCGCAGGCGGCGAGAAAGCGACCAUGCAGAACCUCAAUGACCGUCUGGCUUCCUACCUGGAGAAGGUGCGCUCUCUGGAGGCUGCCAAUACCAAGCUGGAGUGUCAGAUCCGCGAGUGGUACGAGAAGCAGACCCCCACAGUCAGGGACUACAGCAAGUACCUGGUCAUCAUUGAGGACCUGCGCAAGAAGAUCAGUGUUGCCACACAGGACAAUGCCAGGCUGAUGCUGCAGAUCGAUAAUGCCAGACUGGCAGCUGAGGAUUUCAGAAUCAAGUUUGAGAAUGAAAUGGCAGUGCGCAUGUCAGUGGAGCAGGACAUCGCCGGACUGCGCAAGGUUCUGGAUGACCUGACCGUAGUCCGCUCCGACCUGGAGGUGCAGGUGGAGGGCCUGAAGGAGGAGCUGGUCUACCUGAAGAAGAACCAUGCAGAGGAGAUGGCGGCCCUGCGUGGCCAAGUUACCAGCAACUCUGUGAAUGUGGAGGUGGAUGCCAAACCUCAGGAAAACCUCGCCAGUACCAUGGAACAGAUCAGACUGCAGUAUGAGGGCAUUGCUGAGAAGAAUCGCCGUGAAAUGGAGGCCUGGUACCAGGCCAAGUUUGAUGCCCUGAGCAAGGAGGUGGCGUCCAGCACAGAGACCCUCCAGACCUCCCGUACUGAGAUCAAUGAGCUCAAGAAGACCCUGCAGUCCCUGCAGAUCGAGCUGCAGUCUCAGCUCAGCCUGAAAGCUGCCUUGGAGGGCCAGCUGGCAGAGACUGAGUCUCGCUACAGCCUGCAGCUGAGCCAGCUUCAGGCCAUGGUCAACAGCCUAGAGACAGAGCUCUCACAGGUGAGGAAUGACAUCGAGAGGCAGGCCCGCGAAUACCAGAUCCUGCUCGAUAUCAAGACCAGGCUGGAGCUGGAGAUAGCCGAGUACAGAAGACUGCUGGAUGGAGGGGAUGUUAAGACAACUGUUGUCAAAACCGUGGAAGUGGUCAAACCUAAACCAGUCGUAACCACAAGAACAAGGACAGUGGUUGAGCAGAUCGUUGAUGGACAAGUGGUAUCCCGCACGGAGGAUGUGGACACAGAGGUUAUCAAUAAGUAGACAGACUGGGUCCCAACAUAUCUCAGUCAAAUGAUGAAUCAGUAGUAGAAGAAACUAGCCCCAAGAGGUCCUCCUGUAUUUUUUCUGUUUUCUGACACCCAUGUGAAAACAUUUUAUUAUUUCACUCAGGUCUAAAAUCUGUCUCUGUCUGUUUAUUUCACUCUCCAAAUAUUUGAGUUGAUAUUUGGAUUUACUGACAGAAAAUAUUUAAAAUAAACAAAACCAAAAACAUGCUUUAAAUGACAACAAUGUGUAAAUGUUGGAGACAACCAUAUUAUAUAAUUUACUUUUUUCGUUUUUUUCGUUUUCCUUUGAUUUUUAAAACCCCAUUUAGCCGAGUCAAUGAAAACUUUACAGACCAUCCUCUAAUCUCCUGAAAUACCAAAUUUAGACAACAGGUGGCACUGUGAGCCCUGGAAAGGAUAAACACAUUUUUAAGAAUUGAGGCUAUUUCUUCUCUGGCCACUGGAUUGAAUAAAAAUGUGGAGAUAUAAAAGAAAGAUGGUAUCUUUUUUUUGCAAUUUUUCUGAGCAUGUCAGUGUAAGAGAUAAUAGAAAUGUUUUUGCGUUAAAUACUGUGUGUGAAAUCAAAUAAAAGUGCUUGUUCAAAUACAAUAACCAUGAAUAAAUCGCACCAUUCUCAA